CACAAACUCGUUUAGAUAGUCUCUGCGCCAACGGUCACCUGAAACAGGCAUUGCUAGAAAUGGCCAUGCGAGGGAUUGAAAUGAAGUUUCAUGGCUACGAUACCAUCUUGAACGCGUGCAUAAACAAAAGGGCAAUCAGGGAAGGGCAAAGGGUCCAUGCCCACAUGAUCAAGACACGAUAUUUGCCACCCGUGUACCUGAGGACCAGGCUUAUAGUGUUUUACAGUAAGUGUGGUUGUUUGGGAGAUGCGCGGCGUGUGCUCGAUGAAAUGCCCGAGAGGAAUGUGGUUUCUUGGACCGCUAUGCUUUCGGCUUAUUCUCAAAGAGGGUUUGCCUCUGAAGCGUUAGAUCUUUUUAUGCAGAUGUUAAGGUCAGAUGGGGAACCAAAUGAGUUCACUUUUGCCACUGUCCUUACUUCUUGUAUUGGUAUUGUUGGUUUUGAACUGGGAAGGCAAAUCCACUGUCUUAUAAUCAAGAGAAAUUUUGAAUUCCACAUCUAUGUUGGAAGUUCCCUUCUCGACAUGUAUGCCAAAUCUGGUAGAAUCUAUGAAGCUCGAAAAGUUUUUGAGCACCUGCCAGAAAGAGAUGUUGUUUCUUGUACCGCAAUAAUUUCAGGUUAUGCCCAAUUAGGCCUUGAUGAAGAGGCAUUAGAACUAUUCCGAAGGUUUAAGACAGAAGGAAUGACUUCAAAUUAUGUCACUUAUGCCAGUGUUCUAACUGCAUUAUCUGGGCUUGCUGCCCUAGAUCUUGGUAAGCAAGUUCACAACCAUGUCUUGAGAUGUGAAUUGCCCUUCUUUAUAGUUCUCCAGAACUCUUUGAUUGAUAUGUACUCAAAAUGUGGGAACCUCACUUACUCAAGAAGGAUAUUUGAUAACAUGCCUGAGAGAACUAUUAUCUCUUGGAAUGCAAUGCUUGUGGGGUAUAGCAAGCAUGGGAUGGGAAGAGAGGUUGUUGAGCUUUUCAAAUCAAUGAGAGAAGAAAAUAAAGUUAAACCUGAUAGUGUCACUCUUUUGGGUGUUUUGUUGGGUUGCAGCCAUGGAGGGAUGGAAGAUAUAGGACUGGAAAUUUUUGAUGAGAUGGCAAACGGAAAAUAUGGAGUGCAUCCUGAGAUUGAACACUAUGGGUGUGUUGUAGAUCUGCUUGGUCGUGCUAGCCGAGUAGAAGAAGCUUUUGAAUUUGUCAAGAAGAUGCCGAUUGAACCAACUGCUGCGGUAUGGGGUUCACUUCUAGGUGCAUGUAGGGUUCACUCAAAUGUUGACAUUGGUGAAUUAGUAGGUCACCAUCUUCUAGAAAUUGAGCCUGGAAAUGCUGGCAACUAUGUGAUUCUUUCUAAUUUAUAUGCCUCUGCUUCCAGAUGGGAAGAUGUUAAAAGAGUCAGGGAUCUGAUGAAUGAGAAGGCUGUAAAGAAAGAGCCUGGCAGAAGCUGGGUUGAACUUGAUCAAACCCUUCAUACUUUCCACGCUAGUGAUCAUUCCCAUCCAAGAAGGGAAGAGGUGUUUGCAAAGGUGAAGGAAUUAUCAGUCAGGUUCAAAGAAGCUGGCUAUGUUCCUGACUUGAGUUGUGUUUUACAUGAUGUUGAUGAGGAGCAGAAGGAGAAGAUACUGUUAGGCCACAGUGAGAAACUGGCCUUGACUUUUGGUUUGAUUGCUACUUCUGAUGGAGUGCCAGUUCGUGUGAUAAAAAACCUCCGAAUUUGUGUUGAUUGCCAUAACUUUGCCAAGUUCAUGUCAAAGAUUUACAGGAGGGAGGUGUCUCUGAGGGAUAAAAGCCGGUUCCAUCAUAUAGUUGAUGGAAUUUGUUCUUGUGGAGAAUACUGGUGAGUUAUGAUGGAUCAAAGACUGAAAAUAUACCUGUGGUCAUCAGGAGAAUGUGAAGAGUUGAGCAGGCUACAAUAUAAACCAACAUUACUCUGGAAAAUAUAGAAAACGGGACAUCAGUGCAUUGCAGUAACUUCAAACAGAAAGAUUGAUGUUGGUCUGGACAUCGGAAAUGAAAAUUAGCUAGAGAUGAUUGCGGCAGAGCAAGUAUCACAUUAGAGUCAAGCUGACAUCAUUCAUAACCUGAUGACAGAUUGUCAUGAUGAAGGAUAGAGCAACUCCGCUGGGUGAACAAUCUACCUUAAGAAAGAUUACUUGUAUUU